UUGCGUCAGUGGUGCGCGCCGGGGGAAACCUGGCCAGCCGCAUGGCUGCAGGUUCUGGAGCUCCGCGGCCAAAAGCGGCCUCCGAGGGGCCGGUGGUGGGGUCCGCCGGCGUCCUUCCUUGUCUGGAGCUGCCGACCUACGCUGCCGCGUGUGCAUUGUUGAACAGCCGCUACUCCUGCCUCGUGGCGGGGCCGCACCGCAGACACAUCGCACUGUCGCCGCGCUACCUUCACCGGAAACGCACCGGUAUUCGAGAACAGCUCGAUGCAGAACUCCUGCGUUAUUCCGAAAGCCUUUCAGGUGUCCCCAUCGCAUAUGAUAACAUCAAAGUAGUGGGUGAACUGGGAGAUAUUUAUGAUGAUCAAGGCUACAUUCAUCUUAAUAUCGAAGCGGAUUUUGUUAUUUUCUGCCCUGAAUCAGGGCAGAAGCUUAUGGGUACAGUUAAUAAAGUGUCCUCCAGCCACAUCGGCUGCUUGGUGCACGGGUGUUUCAAUGCCUCCAUCCCGAAGCCUGAGCAGAUGCCGGCUGAGCAGUGGCAGGGCCUGGAGGUCAGCGUGGGCGAUGAGCUAGAAUUUGAAGUAUUUCGUUUAGACUCAGAUGCUGCUGGAGUGUUCUGCAUUCGGGGAAAACUGAAUGUCACGAGUUUACACACCAAGUGCUCUGCAGUUUCUGAAGAAGUAACAGAAACUGGCCCCGAAGAACUUUUUGAAAAACUUCCAAAGAAGAAGAAGAAAAAGAAGAAAGACCCAGAGCCAGAUGAAGGACCAGGUGGCGCCACAGAGCCAUCAGAUUUUGCAGAUGUCCCCAUGGAGGAAGGGACAGACCUGCAGGUGAAUAGCAGUGAGAAUGGCCUCUGGGAUGAAAAGCCAAAGAAGAAGAAGAAGAAAAAGAAGAAAGACCCAGAGCCAGAUGAAGGAGCAGGUGGCUCCACAGAGCCAGCAGAUUUCGCAGACCUGCAGGUGAACAGCAGUGAGAAUGGCCUCGGGGGCAAAGAGCCAAAGAAGAAGAAAAAGAAGCAGGAUCAGGACCCUGUUUUUCCAGCCAGUGACUCCAGUGGUUACCAGAGUGACCAUAAAAAGAAAAAAAAGAAAAGAAAGCACAGCGAGGAGGCUGAAUUUGCCCCCCUUUUGGAACACUCGCCUAGAAAGAAAAGGAAACAGUAAUUUUCUUUAGUGUGUUGUAAAUAUGAUUCAGUUUUGAAAGGUUGAUUUAUACACAGUAGAUGCAGACAUGUUUGAAUGAUAUGAAAUAGUUUUUGAAACAGGAAAGUAUUGAAAAGGAGUGUUUGAUGCUAAAAUUGCAGAAGCGAUCAUUUGGAAAACGCCAGUAUUAUCAAAGUGCCAUUUUAUUGUAUACAGAAUGAAAGGUAAGAGUUCCUCUCAGUAUUGACUCUUGUAUUUUUCCAGGUCUUACAUUCUAAAUAAAAUUAUUUAUAUAAUUGCAAUACUAGCAAAAGGACUUUAUUUUGCAGUGUCGUCAUACUAUUAAAGAAUUAAUUUGAGCUUAGGUUUUCAGUUUAUUGCCUUUCUUUAUCAUGAAAUUACAGGCCAUUUUGUUUCACUUUUUAAAAAAUCGGAGGCAUUAACCAGUUUCAGAUUUUCCUUUAUCAUGGCCACUACAAUGAUUGUUUAACUGGGUUUGCCACAGCAGCUUCUGAAGUCUCCAGUGCUCGGAGGAACCAUGCCACUACUGACUGGUAGGACACGAUACUUACUCUCCUUCCCUUCCAGGUGCAUGUUUGAUGGUGUUUUCUUUUUUCUCUGCGUCCAUGAGGUUGUGGAGAGGGGUGUUCUCUUGUACUUACUCAGUGGUGCCUCAGCCAUUCUGUUCGUUGUGUGUUGGAGAAGGAGGAUCUGAUGAAGGCAAGGUAAAUCAGAUCCUGCUUAGUGGGGAAUUUCCCAAAUACCUUUUAAUAGCUGGGUUAGGCUGCUGGAAAUUGUUCUGAAGAGAAAACAGCUGUUCACUGCUUCCACUGAGAAGACAUCAAACAUGCCUGAACUACUGGAGGACAGCAUUGAGAUGAUUAGCCGGCUCAGGCCGAUGACCAACACGUGGCAGUAUUCACGCCGGUAACAGGUACUUGGCCCUCCUCUCCAGCACAUGCUACUAAGGUCCAGGGCUGUGGUGGCAAAGUACAUGCAGUGCCUUCCCUCGGGGCAUGUAAAGAGAAACAGAUGCACAUAUACGCAGUAAAGGUAAGAAAAUUAGCAAGUGUGCUAAGUGCUACAAAGAAAAAGAAGAUUGUUCACUCACUGUUAGUUGUAUAUCUUGAAUGAAUGAAUGGUUGAAUAGAACUACAAAUAGCAACCAGUGUUGUUGCCAUGUAUAUAGUAUCAGAAACAGUACUGGUCUUAUGUUGUUUAAUUUCUGUUAUAGUAUAAAUUCUGCCAGUAGUAUGUCUUGAUCUAAAUCUAUAAUGGUAGAGUGCACUGCUG